CUUCUUUAACUAACUGGAUGGCUAAUCUGAGAACCAACAGUUUAUGUCCUAUUCUGGAGUGGGACCCACUGGACCAACCUUACCAGAAAUGUGUCACCGGCUACACUGUCAACCUGAAUGGAACAGUGUACAAUACCACCAACACAUCUCUAUCAAUAGCUGGAGAGAGCCUCUCUUAUUGUGAGACAACAGUGACUGUGACACCACUCACACUGAAUGGACUCUUAUUGCCAGAUACCUCAAAUAUCACGUUGAUGAAUCCAGACUUGGGGACUCCAGCAUUAUCCACCUCCUUCUUAAUCCAAAAUGAAGCACUGAAGCUCAAAAUAAAAUUCCAGGAAAUUUCAAUUGAUACUGCACCCAUUCGAAUGUUCGGAUACAUAACGAGCGGAGAAAAUUGUGUUCCUACCACAUCAUUUAAUGGAAGUUCAGUUGCAAUCGAUUUCUCAGACCAAUCUCCUGGAGAUACUUACACAGUGUGUGUGAUGUUCAGAAACAAGGAAUGCUCUGCAAUCAAUUCCACUACUGUGACUGUUCCAGCUACGAUGAUUACCGUACAAGAAGUUAGGCCAUCUGGUUCUAGUUAUACGAUACGUUUGUCUCUCCCCUUCAUCGACUACCCUCCCAGUGACCUGCUCAUUGUCUCCACCCUCUCCCCCCCUCAUUCGGACCCAAUUACCCUCCCCUUCCCGUACACAACCAACCAAAUCACAGUGAUCUUCAUCGACAUCACUGCUGGAGUCUUCUACACCUACACAAUUAGAAUUAUUCUGGCCAGCAACCAAUCAAAUGAUGUCGUUUUUCCAGUCACUGGAAAUUUCAUAUUGGCUCUACAUGUAUUAGGAGAUUAUGCUAUACAUGGAGAAUCUGUGCAGUCCCUCUCUACUGGUGAAGCAGUGGCAGUCAUUAUGGCAGCUACAUUCACUAUUUCCAUAGCGAUUGGACUCUUGCUGGGGAUGUCUCUAAUGUACUGCAUUAUGUACUACAGGAAUAGGGGACACUACGCAGUAAGACAGCGACAAGAAGAAAGCAUUCAACCCACUGCACCAAGUGGUCCUGUUUACGAAGAAGUUACUCCUAUCCAAGAACAAAUUGAGCUGAAACCGAAUGAAGCAUACGGACCAUUAUAA